UACGAAAGUUGAAAAUCAUGUCGACCUCAGUGUUUCAAAUUCUUCUGUUUCUGGUUUCCCUCACGUUACAAGCAUCAGGUGCUGCACCUGGACUUGCGAAGCCUAACUGUGCUGAAACAUGCGGGGACGUCACCAUUCCCUUCCCCUUCGGAAUAGGAGCCAAGUGUUUCUUGGAUGAAUGGUACCAGAUCGUCUGCCAACAAAACAACACGGUUCCCAUUCUGAAGAAGAUUGGAUUGCGAGUUCUCAACAUUUCACUCCCCGAUGGAGACGUGGAUGGCAUGAUUAACGUUAGUCUUCCUGUAAUUUACUCAAAUGCAAGCUGCGGGGGUGACGGACGUGCUGCGCGGGUAAGCUUGGAAGGAAGUCAAUUUGUCUUCUCCCGGACAAGGAAUGUCUUUACAUUGGUCGGUUGCAACACCCUGGCCACAGUGGAUACCACAAAUUCAGCUGUUGUCGGUUGCAGGUCGAGAUGUGCUGGAACCAACACCAGCAUUAGCAGGAAUGGUGAUUGUUCCGGGAGGGAUGGCUGCUGCCAGACUAUGCUCCCUCGUAACCUUCAGGGCUUUAGUGUGGAUUUCAAAGAAGAAGGUGGACAUGAGGGGUGCAAGUACGCUUUCUUGAGGUCUGACUUUACAAGCUUAUAUGAUCUGAAAGUGAACAAGACGGUUCCAGCGGUGCUGGAAUGGGGGAUUGCGAACGAUACUUACUAUGGACGCGAGCUUACCAGGCAGUCAGAGACUUCUUAUCCUUCCAUAUGUCGCGCACACAGCGUUGACAACAGUGAAAUGCUAUUUACACAGUGCUAUUGCACACAGGAGUAUGGUGGUAACCCAUAUCUUAUGGAAGGAUGCAAAGGAGCUGCACCUGAACCAUCAGGAGCACCACCUCCAAGCCAUUACUGUGCUGAAACAUGCGGGAACGUCACCAUUCCCUUCCCCUUCGGAAUACGAGCCGAGUGUUUCUUGGAUAUCUGGUACCAGAUCGUCUGCCAACAAAACAACAUGGUUCCCAUUAUGAAGAAGAUUGGAUUGCGAGUUCUCAACAUUUCACUCCCUGAUGAAGACGUGAAUAGCGGCAUGAUUAACGUUAGUCUUCCUGUGAUUUACUCAGAUGCAAGGUGCGGGGGUGACGGACGUGGUGCAAUGGUAAGCUUAAAAGGAAGUCAAUUUGUCUUCUCCCAGAAAUGGAACAUCUUUACAGUAGUCGGCUGCGACACUCUAGUGACAGGGAAUAGUACAGAAUCAGCUGUUUUCGGAUGCCGGUCGAAAUGUGCCGGAACCAACUUCACCAUUAGCAAGGAUAGUGCUUGUUCCGGGAGGGACGGAUGCUGCCAGAGUUUGCUCCCCUUGAACCUGCAGGAUUUUGGUGUGAAUUUCGAAGAAGAAGGUGGACAUGGGGGGUGCAAGUACGCUUUCUUUAGGUCUGAUUUUACAGGUGUUUAUGAUUUGAGAUUGAGUGAUACGGUUCCAGUGGUGUUGGAAUGGGGGAUUGCAAACGAUACCAACUAUGCAAUUGACCGUAUCCGGCAAGGUUACUACGAUGAUUCUUUCCACUGUAUAAGUGUAGAAAAUUCGGCCCGUAGAGGAAGUGGAAGUAUAUAUGAUUGA